AGAACAUUGCCUUUGCGGUUUCCUGUUGGCGGAUGUGGGUGACUCUCACAGGUGUGCCCCAGAGCUCACCGAUGCAGUGACACACACCUGGGCUAAUCAUGUGAUCCCGUGCCUCGGGGUGGAGUACAGAGACAGAGAAUAAGUCUUUCGCAUUCUUUUUUUCUUUAAAGCAUCGCCCCCAGUCGAGGUUCCUAGAGGGAUGUUAUGCUGAGCCGUUUCAAAGGGAUUUGCUCUGUCUUUUAUUUUGCUGUGCUUGGUCUGCGAAAGCGGAGCAUGUAAACUUUGUUCCCGGAAUAGUUUUUCAGUUGAGUUCCAUCGAGGGGACCGCGGAUUAGCUAACGUUUACACUUCCCAGUAUUUUGGUGCUGCGCAGAGUGGCUGCUGCCUCCAUGUUCCAGUAAUCUUUUAGACUGCUGGAAGAGGAAUGCCCCGGAGAGAAAUGGCAGCCUGGCCCCUGACUCUCUGUCUGCUGCUGUGUCUCUGUUCUGGUAGCCUGGCGUCAAAAUCAUACAGGCACUUCUCCAGCAACACUGAAAUCAACAACGUGGUGCAGGAUCCUGGGACUGGCCGGGUGUACGUGGGUGCUGUCAACACCAUCUACCAGUUAGACAACUUGCUUCAAAAGCAGGACAGCAGAGAAACGGGCCCCAAAAAAGAUAACCAGGCGUGUACCCCCCCCAAAUUUAUCGGGUGCAUAACCAAGCUGACAAGCAACAGUAACAAGCUUCUGCUGGUGAAUCGGGCCAACGGCACCCUGGUGGUGUGCGGGAGCCUCUUCAGAGGAAUCUGCUCCUUGCUGUCCCUGGAGAAUGUCUCGAAGGUGGAGUACUACAGCGACUCUAAGGGAGAGAAGACCUAUGUGGUCAGCACUGAGGACAAGGUGUCUGUGGUGGGAGUGUUGACCGUUGUGCAGAGACACAACAGGAACACAAGUGUAUUUCUUGUGGGGAAGGGGUACGGUGCCUUCGAUACCCCCAAGCUCAUCACCACGCGGCUGCUUCAGGAGUCCGAGGGGGUGGACUUAUUCGAGAGCUACGACGAGUCCUCGGUGUGGCAGGCCAGCGCUUACACCAACCUGUUCCGGCACAUCUUCCGAUUGGCCUUCCAGCAUGUAAAUUUUACCUACUUCCUCUUCUCCCGCACAAACGCCAGGAACGAAAUGGGGAAUUACACCUUCAUCUCCCGGGUGUGCCAGAAAGACACCCACUACUACUCCUACAUGGAGCUCCAGCUGAACUGCAGCCAGGGCGGGGGGCAGCAGUACAGCAAGGUGCAGGCGGCGUUUGUUGCUUUCCCAGGGGAGCGCCUGGCAAGGAGUAUGAGUGCGUCUGGGCGCUAUGGGAGGGUGACCACCGAGGACAAGGUGCUGUUCGUGGUGUUCGGUACAGACAGUCAAACUGAUCAGAGCCAAGCCUCGGCCCUCUGCAUGUACUCUCUAAAGGAGAUCAACGAGAGACUACGAGAAAUCCAGGAUGCUUGUUACACUGGGUUUGGGUACAUUGGUGAGAAGCAGGCUGUCUACACACCAUACUCUACUGUUUCAAAUGGGAUCUGGCCAAAAAACUGCGAACAGAAGACAGGAGGGGACUAUCCGUGUGGAGAAGACUUUCUUCCCUCUCCCCUUGCGAGCAUGCCUGAUUUUGGGAUUUCGGCUGAGGCAGUCAUAACCUACGAGGAGCACCUGAGUGCAGUGGCUGUGGCAGUGGAGAAUGAGCACACCAUCGCCUUCCUGGGAACAGCCAGAGGCUGGAUCUACAAGGUGCAUCUCAAUGGCUCGGCUGAACAAUAUGAGAAGAUGAUGGUGGGGAACACCAGGGUGAACAAAAACCUGUUUUUUGAUGUAGGUCAGGAUCACAUUUACGUCACGACUGAGAAGGAGGUAACUCGUGUCCCAGUGCAGGAGUGCCACUGGAGAAGCAGCUGCCAGACCUGUGUGGCAGCGAGAGACCCGUACUGUGGCUGGUGUGUGGCUGAGGGAAAGUGCACCAGGAAGUCAGCCUGCCCCAGGGCUGUGGAGGACAACCACUGGAUCUGGAGCCCCGGCCAGGAGUGUGUCCACAUCUCCAGCUACUCUCCAGAGAACAUGAGCAGCAUGCAGCCGUCACGCCCAAGGGUCAGUAUGACUUUGGUGCCUUUCCCGGACAUUACAGAGAGCGAUCAGCUGGAGUGUGAUUUCGGAGGCUCUAAGAGUCAGGCUGUGAUUGAACUGGGCAAGUCUAUAACCUGCUCUCCUCCAGAGAUCAUCAAUAUCCCCCAAACACCUGAAUCACAAGAUUUCGUUGCAGUGAGGGUAAAGUUGACCUUUAAGGAUUCCCGCGUGGAGCUGGCUGUCGGACAGUACCACUUCUACAACUGCAGUGCGGCCGCAAAGAUGCUCACCAACAAGCCGUGCGCCUCGUGUGUGACCAGCAAGUGGCGCUGUCAGUGGAACAUCAAGGCUCACCAGUGCAGCGACAAUGACGCAUCGACUUGGGACGUGUACGUCAUAAAGCACGCACAGCCAAUGAGCUGUCCGCGGUUUGAAAGCCCCUCCGAGCCUCUGAUCUCGGUGGGUUUAAGGACCAGCAUUACCUUCACUGGGAGGAAUCUGGAUUUCUAUAAGGGCAGAACGUUCAAGAUGGGCACUGAACUGAUGGGCUCUACGGAGGUGGAGGUUGUAUUAAAAGAGGAUCAAACCUACUCGUUUGAGGGUUAUGAGUUCUCCUACGAUAAAGGGCAGACGAGGGAUCUCCUCUUCUAUGUGAAAGAAGACAAUAAGAAGAUCGACAGCAAUCUGACUGUCACUUUGUAUAACUGUUCGUUCGGACGAGAGGACUGCAGCCUGUGUAAAGCCGCGGAUCCGAAGUAUAGCUGUGUCUGGUGCAGUCACCCCAAGUCCUGCCUCUACAGCACAACCUGUCCAAAGGAGGAGGCUCUGUGUCCAACACCAAAGAUCCUGGAUAUUGUGCCCCGUAACGGUCCACUGGAGGGAGGCAUCUCUCUGACCAUCAAAGGGUCCAACAUGGGAAUCAAGAAGGAGGACAUAUUGAAAAUCACUGUGGCGGACGUCUCCUGCCAACACGAGGAAGACAGAUACUCUGUGUCCACGAGUGUUGUCUGUGAACUCAAGGCAGUCACCAAUAUGAAACAAGGGAGUGUGAUGGUGGUGAUGGCGAAUGGAUUUAAGGGGGUCUCUGAUGUGGAGUUUGCUUACAGGGAGCCUGAACCCCAGAGCGUGACUCCGAAGAAGGGGCCACGAGCCGGCGGGACCAGCAUCACAAUCACAGGGUUCGAUUUGAACAUCGCAACCAGAGAGGACCUGCGCAUUCAGAUAGCAGGAGCUGAAUGCACUGUGUUGAAGUUUGACAGUGAAAUUGUGUGCAGGACAGGAAAACUCCCUCCUAGUUCAGCGAUUGGGCUCCAUGAUGUGGUGAUGAAGUAUGGAAAGCGCACGACGAAGUAUGUGUCUGGAUUUGAGUUCUGUGAAGACCCCACAGUCAUUAACCAUUCCCCUGAUGCCAGCUUUAUGAGUGGGGGGAGACUCAUCUCUGUGACAGGAACUGGAUUCGCAGUGAUACAGAAAGCCUCCAUAAGAGUUGUUGUCACACCUGAACCUUCAGUCAGUAACACCGACACGGCUCCAGCACGCAAAGAGAUGAUGGAGGUGAUGGCAGAGAUAAAGAAUGAGACGGCACUUCAGUUCCUCUCCCCAGUGAUCCCAGAGAUGUUUCAUAACCACUCCUUCCACUCCUUCAGCAUUGUGAUUGUCCUGGACAACGUGGAGAAGACCCUGCAGACCUUCAAGUACUACCCAGACCCCACCUUCAACAAGAACGAGAACGGCAUCAUCCCCUUUGAAACACUCCUAACCGUCAAGGGCGAACACUUCACUGAUGCAAUGACUAUGCAGGAGGCACAGGCCUACGUUGGAGACGGAGAGUGCACUAUCGAAAUAUUCAGAGACAACUUGCUACUCUGUAAACCACCUGCAACUAAACCCCAAGUCCUCUCCAAGAGAUUCAAGAGGGAAGCUGACGCCAGCAUGCCUGAGUUCUUGGUAAAGUUUGGUGGAGGAAGGUGGGUGCUGGGCAAGGUGAAUUACGACUCCUCUACGAACAUGCUGCCCCUGCACAUCAUCUUGCCUGUGGUGCUAAUCCCCAUGGUGGCUAUCAUCGGCAUCUCUGUGUACUGCUACAGGCGGCAGAGCCAGCAGGCAGAGCGGGACUAUGAGAAGGUGAGGCAUCAGCUGGAGAACCUGGAGGAGAGCGUGAGGGACCGCUGCAAGAAAGAGUUCACAGACUUGAUGAUUGAAAUGGAGGACCACACCAGUGAUCUGAAUGAGGUGGGGAUUCCCUUCCUGGACUAUAAGACCUACACAGACCGGGUCUUCUUCCUGCCCUCCAAGGAUGGGAUGAACGACGUGAUGAUCACGGGGAAGCUGGACAUCCCCGCGGGCCGCGAGCAGACCAUGACCCUGGCGCUCAAUCAGUUCUCCAACCUGCUCAACAGCAAGCCCUUCCUCAUCAAUUUCAUUCGCACGCUGGAGAGUCAGCGUGAUUUCAACGCCCGUGCCAAAGUCUACUUUGCUUCCCUGCUCACUGUCGCCCUCCAUGGCAAGCUGGAGUAUUACACUGACAUCAUGAACACCUUGCUGCUGCAGCUCAUGGAUCAGUACGUGGCCAAGAACCCCAAGCUGAUGCUGCGUCGGUCUGAGACAGUGGUGGAGAGAAUGCUUUGCAACUGGAUGUCCAUCUGCCUGUACCAGUUCCUAAAGGACUCUGCUGGGGAGCCGCUCUACAAGCUGUUCAAGGCCAUCAAGCACCAGGUGGAGAAGGGGCCGGUGGACAGCGUGCUGAAGAAGGCCAAGUACACUCUGAAUGACACCGGACUGCUGGGGGACGAUGUGGAGUAUUGCACACUGACCCUGCAGGUGCUGGUGCAUGGUGAGGGCCCUGACGUGUGUGCUGUCAAGGUUCUGAACUGCGACACAAUCUCCCAAGUGAAGGAGAAGAUCAUCGACCAGGUCUAUAGGAACAUGCCUUACUCACAGAGGCCUAAAGUCGACAGAGUUGUUUUGGAGUGGCGCCCUGGCUCCACGGGGCAGAUCCUGUCUGACUUAGACCUGACAUCACAGAAGGAGGGCCGGUGGAAGCGCAUUAACACCCUCGCACACUAUAACGUCCGAGAUAACGCCACCCUGGUGCUGUCAAAGGUUCUGCACACUCAGCAGCCAGACGAGCUGCACCAAGACAGCCAGGAGGAGCGAAACGCUCUGCUGGAGGAUGACAACAAGGUGUGGCACCUGGUGCGCUCGGCUGAGGACGUGGACGAGAGCAAAUCCAAGAGGGGGAGUAUGAAGGACAAGGGCAGUGCCAAAGCCAUCACCGAAAUCUACCUGACCAGGCUGCUCUCCGUCAAGGGAACGCUCCAGCAGUUUGUGGAUGACUUCUUCCGCAGUGUACUGUGCUCAGGCACAGUCGUGCCUCCUGCUGUGAAAUACUUCUUCGACUUCCUGGACGAGCAGGCGGCGAAACACGACAAUGUGGACGAGGAGACCGUCCACAUCUGGAAAACAAACAGCUUGCCGCUGCGUUUCUGGGUGAAUAUCCUGAAGAACCCUCACUUCAUCUUCGACGUGCACGUUCAUGAGGUGGUGGACGCCUCGCUGUCCGUCAUCGCGCAGACCUUCAUGGACGCCUGCACCAAGAGCGAGCACAAGCUGAGCAGGGAUUCACCAAGUAACAAGUUGCUCUAUGCAAAGGAGAUCUCCACGUACAAGAAAAUGGUGGAUGACUACUAUAAAGGAAUCCGCCAGAUGGUGCAAGUAAGCGACCAGGACAUGAACACGCAUUUAGCCGAGGUUUCCAGGGCUCACACGGACCAGCUCAACACACAGGUAGCUCUGCAUCAGCUCUACCGGUAUGCCAGCAAGUACUAUGAUGAGAUCAUCAAUUCCUUGGAGGAGGACCCAGCGACUCAGAACAAGCAGCUCACCGUGAGGCUCCAGCAGAUAGCGGCUGCUUUGGACAAAGUGACGGACCUCUAACCUCUCCUGGGGGGGGGGGGGGGGGGGGGUUGUUUAACUGUGUCCAGACAUUAAUCAGGGUUUAUUUUAACACAAACCAAACUCUCUGGAUUUAGGAAAACUGGCCCUGUGGAUGGAGGUGAAAGGCUGUCGUUUUUAAACAGUCCAGCUGGUUGCUUUCCCCAUUGCUUUGCGGAUCCUUGCACUGUCUGCUAUGUCUCGGCUGGCUUUGCAAUGAACAGAAUCGUACGCUGAUUGCUGUUUAAUAACCUGGAGGACUUUGGCUGCCUGAUACAAAUAAGAAUAAUAAGCGUGUGUCUAAAUUGUUUUUAAAAAAGAGACCUGAUUAUACAGUAUGUUAUGGUAAAAAAAAAAAAAAAAAAAAAAAAAAACCAGCAACACAGUCUGGGCUCUGCAAAGUCUAACUGUUUUUUGUUAUGAGUUUGAUGUUAAAAGACUGAACUUUUACAAACAA